UUAAUCUUAAUUAUUCCAAAGUCUUAUCCUACGUCUACCAGCAGAAUAGGGUAAUACAAACACAAAGCCGAUAUAAAAUUAGCCAAACAAAUUGGGGAGAUAUCAGUGAAGAUGUGGGCCUUGGUGCUACUUUUGGUGGGUUGUGGUGAGGGUUUUUCAAUCGAGGCUUUACAUAAUGAAAUGACUGAAGAUGAGCUGGCUUAUUACUUCCAAACUGAUGAUAAAAGUUCGGUGCCUGAAUACGAAGUGAUCUAUUUACCCCAAAUGGCACCCAUUGAGACCGACUCAUUUAGCUACAAUUUUGAUGCUUUUCAACGACCUAUUAAUUUAAAACUGAGGAAAAAUGAACACAUCGUGUCUCCGAAUUUCACCACGUAUUUAACUGAAGACCACUUUCAGACAAUUUUGCCCGAAAGACCGAAUGACUGUCAUUUUAUUCACCAAGACGGUUCAAUAGUGGCGGCUAUAAGUUCGUGCGAGCCACGUUUAAUGCAAGGGCUCAUACUUCUCGAAGAUUCAACUUUGGAAAUCCACCCGUUAACAGAGCGUCUACAAGCUUUGGUCAAAGAGCCUUUAGUGACGGAAGAUGAUGAUAAUACAACUCCCCACAUUAUAAAACGAGCGACUUUUGUAUCACACGAUGACGAUGCUUUUCCAAUAUCAAAUCAUAUUAUAACCGGCGUUCGAGAAGCCGCAAGCCACAGACCAGCCGGUGCUCUGACCGUAGAAGUCGCAAUGUUUUUUGACGAAGCUGCGUAUAAAAUUUUUGCCCCGUUUUUGGGCAACAACAAUCAGAAAUUGCAAGAUAUGUUAUUGGCGUACAUGAAUGGAGUACAAGCACUGUAUCAUCACCCAAGUCUUGGUACUUCAAUCGAACUCGUCUUGGUGCGCCUGGACAUUAUGAAAAAACAGGCGUCGGCUAUGCCCCACUACAACGGGGAGCGCUCCAAACUCCUGGACUCUUUUUGCGCCUACCAAAGUAGCCUAAACACUAAGAGUGACGAAGAUCCGAAUCACUGGGACAUGGCUUUGUACAUUUCUGGCUUAGAUUUUUACGCUUACGAAAACGGGAGGAAAAGUGGGGUCACAAUGGGCCUGGCCACCGUAGGUGGAGUAUGUUUGACCAAAUAUAAUUGUUUAAUUGCCGAAUUGGGCACAACUAACGUGUUCGGGAAACCUUACCCUAGCGCUGGUUUCACCAGUGUCUAUAUUUUGGCCCACGAAAUUGGCCACAAUUUAGGGAUGCACCACGACAGCGUGGGCAACUCUUGCCCAAAGGAAGGCUACGUCAUGUCGCCUUCCCGGGGCACAAACGGCGAAACUCAGUGGUCUCGCUGCAGUGCCGAAGUUGUUUCCAAACUGAGUUGGGCCAAGUGUUUGCAUGAUUCGUCCAGGCCUCCCAAACAACUGGACCACUCCCGAUUUCUCGACAGUCCAGGCCAGGUCUACACUGCGAAAAAGCAGUGCGAGAUUUUAUUGAGAGAUAAAGAUGCAGUGGUCGCACCUAAUCAAGACUUGACUACGAUUUGUUUCAAUUUGCAGUGUAAAACACCGCAUCGUAGCGGGUAUUAUUUUGCAGGGCCCGCUCUUGAUGGAACUGAAUGUGGCAAAAAAAGGUAUUGUUAUGGGGGUGACUGUGUCAAGAAAACGCCCCCUAAACCAAUGAAAGUUGUCUCCGGAGGAUGGGGGCCCUGGAAGGAGUCCCCAUGCACCUCCGGUUGUAUCGAAAAAUCGCGCGGUUUUCAGGUGAAGACACGGCAGUGCGACAGCCCGGCCCCCCUUAACACGGAUCAAGGGUGCCAAGGUUCAAGUGUUCAGUUUGGAGUUUGUCGGGAUGAUAAGAUUUGUAAAAGUAAAAGGCUGAGCGUUGUCGAUUAUGCGUCCCAAAAAUGCCAAGAAUUUUCAAAAUUGCUCCCAGAACUGGACCCCAAAGGUGGAGGACUCCAAGCGCCUCACGAAGACGCCCGUGUUUGGAUGGGUUGCGCUAUUUUUUGCCGACGAGCCGACUCUGGUGGCUUUUAUACCCCCAGACUGGAGUUGAACGAUUUGGGGGUUUCCCCGUACUUUCCCGACGGGACCUGGUGCCACCGCGAAAACGACAUGAAUUACUAUUGCUUACACCACCAUUGUUUGCCUGAGAAUUUCCGUUUUUCGAAAAUUGACCCGUUGGACGCCAUCGGCGACGACAUUCCCUUCUCGCAAAAUGCGGGACCGGAAUCGGAGAUUCCGCCCGAAAUCAAGUCCUAUUUUUCUUUGAGCUCCCAGGGAAAGCCCCUGAAGACGGUGCUCAAGCCGCAUGAAAGGAACAACCCCAAAGAAGAAGACUGGGAGAUAGAUGACUAUAUUGUAAUCCCGGGUUUGAAGGAGCGCUAUGAUUAGAUGAUUUGCUAUUGAUUAUUUUAUUUAACUUAACAAUAAACUAUUGGAGCAUU